CCGGGCGCGGGGCGGGGCUGCUGCGCGCGGCGCGGCGGCGUCUCCUCAAUGGGGCCGCGCGCGCGGCGCCAGCUUUAGCGAGGAGGGCACAACGGAGUGCACAGAUCUGUGUCCAGCAGGUCCUCCUGUCUUCCUGAGAGUCACGACUUUGGUCUUUGGAGAUGUAACCCCCCCAGAAGAGUUCACCUGACAGGUUGCAGGUCCUACCUGGAGAGACCUGCCAUUGUCACCUGCUGGGCUGCCAGGGAGCAAUCACAGCGUGUCAUCUCUAGAGCAAACCCUCACAUCUCCCUGAGAUGGCAAAACCUGCAAAAACUCUGUGAUUUUGGGUCAGCAGCUCUUCCUCAGCAUUUCCUCUGGCCAAAAGCCCUCGUCUAACAGAGUUUUUGAUGGACUCUUCAUUACAAUUGGCAAAGAAAAAGCAGAGGAGGUUGAACAGUUCUGUUAAUUUUUAUUCCCUUUUCAGAGACUUAUUUGGGAGAAGCAGAGUGGGAGAGUACUGCGUGCUGGCAGAGCUUUUGUGUUUUAUGUGACGGGCUGUUGAAAGAGUUCUCAAACUGCACUUCCUUUCUGUGGGCUUUAAGGUCAUUUCCCAGUGCUUGCAGACUCAUGGAGGGCUGGGAAACCCUUCUCUCAUCACCAGGGAAUGAAAUGCUCUCCGUGGCUUUUUGGAGCCAACAAAAAUCUCUUUGUCUUCUCUUCCCUCCCACUGUUUCCCAAGCAGCAAGUUUGCUGACGGGCCUUGUCGGGAAGGGGGGAGUGCUCCUCCAAGAUCCAGGCUCUCGGGGAAAAUGAGCAGCUGAGGUGAAACGAAUGGUCUGGCAAAGAGUGUUUUGCUGAGGCAAUCACACCUGGGAAAAACAGCCAAGGAUUUUAUGGUAAAAGAGGUUAAGGAAGAGAAUGAGACUGUGGGACAAAGUUCAGAGACAAAAACGUGCAAUUCUCAGCCCAGAGGUGAUCUUGGAAUGAUAACAAACCUGAGAUUUAUCCACCUGUGCAAAGCUGGUUCUGUAAAACCUCGUUGUUCAGGUGGUGGUGUCCAUGUGCAGUGACUUCGCUUGUGGUGAUUUGUCUGCUACAGAAACUGGAUGGCUUCUACGGUGAACCUGGGCAAGGAAACAGUAUUGGAAGAUGGAAUGCCACCUGCAAAAAAGCCCAGGAAGCUGUUGCCAAGUCUCAAAACCAAGAAGCCUCGGGAACUUGUCUUGGUGAUUGGGACAGGAAUUAGUGCUGCAGUUGCUCCCCAGGUCCCAGCACUGAAGUCCUGGAAGGGGCUGAUUCAGGCCCUCCUGGACGCUGCUAUUGACUUUGAUCUCCUGGAAGAUGAGGAGAGCAAACGGUUCCAGAAGUGUCUUCACGAAGACAAGAACCUGGUCCAUGUUGCCCACGAUCUUAUUCAGAAGCUGUCUCCGCGCACAAGCAACGUUCGCUCAACCUUUUUCAAGGACUGUUUAUACGAGGUGUUUGAUGACCUGGAAUCCAAAAUGGAAGAUUCGGGGAAACAGCUGCUUCAGUCUGUGCUUCACUUGAUGGAGAACGGGGCCCUUGUGUUAACCACAAACUUUGAUAACCUGCUGGAGCUGUAUGCAGCACACCAGGGGAAGCACCUUGAGUCUCUUGACCUGACUGAUGAAAAGAAGGUGCUGGAGUGGGCACAAGAGAAGAGGAAGCUCAGUGUCCUGCACAUCCACGGAGUCUACACCAACCCCAGCGGCAUCGUCCUGCACCCAGCUGGCUACCAGAACGUGCUGCGCAACACCGAGGUCAUGCGAGAGAUUCAGAAGCUGUAUGAAAAUAAGUCCUUCCUCUUCUUGGGCUGUGGUUGGACAGUUGAUGACACCACGUUUCAGGCCCUGUUUUUAGAGGCUGUCAAGCACAAGUCAGACCUGGAGCACUUCAUGCUGGUGCGGAGGGGGGACGUGGAUGAGUUCAAGAAGCUCCGUGAGAACAUGCUGGACAAAGGGAUCAAAGUGAUUUCCUACGGAGAUGACUACGCUGACUUGCCCGAGUACUUUGAGCGGCUGACAAGCGAGAUUGCCAUGCGGGGCCGCACAGGUGUGCCCAAGGAGGGGCAGCAGCUGAACGGCUCUGCCGCUGCCCACACUGAGGUAAAAGGUAAGGCAGGCUCUCUGGAGCCAAGGGGCUUCACCCUGUGCUGCACCCUGGUGUCCCAAGCAGGUUUUCAGCCUUUGCUUCCACGCAGGAGGCAGCCCCUGAACCUGAGCCCUGCCCAGGCCCUGAGCUGUGGCAGGGGCUCCUGGGACAGGCCCAGGCCAGGCCAGCAGUCCUCAGAGAGGCCGGAGCCCACCACUGUCGCACUGCUGUCCAGCACUGAGCCAGGACCCUUCCGGCAGGGACGAGGCCAGGACAGAGCCACCUCGGAUGAACACCUGGUCUAACACAGUAAUUGUGGUUUUACUGGGGCUGUGUGUGCCUGUGGAGCGCGGUAUCCCUGAGGGAGCUGCAGGCUCCUCUAACUUCAUACCUAGUGCUUUUAUAUUCUGUAUUUCAAUUUAAAAAUGAAACUUGAGCUUUUUUUUUUUUUACUGGAAGCUCUAGUUUUCUAGUCCUGUCUUUUUACUGUACAGUAUUUUGUAUGUUGAAGUUGUAUUAAAGGCCUGCUCACUGAA